AAUAAAUAAUAAAUACAGAAUAUAAAAUAUGUUCUUGAAACGUUGUUAAAAGGCUUUUCAAAAAAUGCGCCAAUCUAAUUGCCAACAAAGUGGAAGCAAUCUACAAGCUCUGCAAAUGGUAUAUUUAACAACCAAAACUGCGGUCACACUUGGCUCUGUUGAUGAUUUUCAAUAUUAAAAAGGCUCUGUGCGUUGUCUGUGUUCUGCCUUGGCUGCGUUUUCUAAACACGAUUUUGCAAAAUAAAAGAAACUUAAAUAAUAUAUUUAAUAUGCACCGUCAUCAAACAACAGAUUCUUUUGUUGUUAUUGUGAAUUGUCAGUGAUAUCAAGUGAACAUUGUGGGGUUGCACUAAGCGCAAAGCAAAAAGAAGAGCAUAAGAAAAAAAGGGACAUCGACAUCGAUUUUUUUACACCCUUUUUGUGCAUAUUUGGCUCUGCAAAUUAGCACACAAAGAAACAACGCGCAGGCAAAAAGAGAAGCGACAAGUGUCGCCAACCGCCUCUUAAACCCGCAGCCCCCCUUCAAAGGAAAAAACACACGCAACGGCAAUUGAGUUGAGUUCUCAUUAUUAUUAGCAUUAGCAUUAUUAUUACUAUUGGUAGAACGAAGUCGCCACAACGGGGCGCGAGGGGGACGCUCAAAUGAGUGGCGGCGGCGGCGAGGAACACGAGGCGCGGCAAACAACUACGACAGCAACAACAACAACAACAUUGCCGAUGCCGUCGCCAGGCGUCUCAAGCGCAUCCACUUCGUCAGCAGCAGCAGCAGCGGCGGCCACAGCAGCCGGCGGAGGACGAGCCACGCCAGAGAUGAAACGCUCGGCGGUGCGAAGUCUCAUCCAACGCUAUUUCCAUCAGCUGCAAUCGGGCUGCGGCAAUGCGCAGUGCACCAAUGCCAAUUGUGCGUCCAGCGGGAAGGUGGCGCCCAUGACGCCUAACGAGGUGGCUGCCCGAGCAUUGCAGCUCUUCUCACAGGAUGCACAAUUGUGUGAGAAUGCCACGCCCACGCUGCCAACAGCGCCCACAACCAGCAGUCCGCAGCAGGAUGUGGACAUGCUGUCGCCCAAUGAUAGCAGCAGCAGCAGCAAUAGUAGCAGCACCACCAGCACCAUUACCUCCGCCAGCACCACAACCACGACGAGCACACAGUCGCAAUCGCAAGUCCAGGAGCAGAGCAAGCGACCAGCACAUCGAAUCGAUCUGCCUCCGGUAAUAAUUGACGCAACAUCCGCCAUAGGCCCCACACCAACCAUAGAGGCCAUCGAGGCAACAGCAGCUGCAGAUGUAACGGCUGAGGAUGCCGAUGCCUGCACACCAACGUUGCCGCCGGUGGAGUUCCUGGACGCUGCAUCGCUGGAGGCGCUCUACGAGCAGUGUCGGGCUGCGGAGAACUAUGUGCGUCUCUAUCAGGCCAUUGGCGAUGUGUUUGCCAGCGUGGAGCGUUUGAGCAAGAGUUUUAUAUGCACACCCGGCCAGGAGCUGAAGCAUUUGCCACCGAAACCGGAGGCGAAUGCACUCAACAAGGAGCAGUUGCGGCAACUGGAGGGUGAGCAUGACAAGGAUGAAGAUAGCACACAACGGGAGGAGGAUGAGGAAGAGGAACGGACACGACAGCAGACAACCGAAGCUGCUGAUGUCAAUGAGCAGCGUUCAGGCGACACCGAAGGCGAUACAAAUGGUGAUGAGCGCAACGAAAACGUCGACGAUGACGACGACGAUGAAGAUGAACCGAUGGGUACAUCGCGAAAUGCCGAGGAUUUCGAGGAGUUCCUACACAAAGGCACCAAGGUGGACUUUCAGGGAUUGCGGCACGUGAAGCGGCUGCUGUUUAGUUCGCCAUGCCAAACGAUUGCCGAGAAGUUGACGAGCAGCGUCAUCCAACUGGCGGACUACAUACGCUAUCUGCGCUUCUAUCGCCAGGACUUGUGGGAACAAGUGCUGCACUGCCUCGUCAUCUGCUUCGACAUGGUCACCAACACUACCGCCAACAACAGCGUGACGGACAUGGAGUACGUGGAUCGUGUGUUGCCCAAGCUGUGCCAUGCCGCUGCAGCGAUGCCAGUGCGUGCCCAGGCGCGUCUGGCACAGAUCUGGGGCGAAUACUGCCCGGAUCAGCUGCAGGUGCUAUUGUCCUCCUGCCAGCAGCAGAUCACGCUGCAGGUGCUACUCGACGAGGAGUCGGUGCGCGAGAACGAACACAUCAUUAGCGUAACCAAAGUGCUAAAGAUUGUUUACUAUGCCAACAUCUUGGCCAGCGUGCUGGAGCGUCCCUCGUGUCGUCUGCCGUUGCAGGAACAAGAGGAGGAAGAAAGCGCUGCUGCUGUGCCCGAGGAGAGCGAAGAUCUCUUUGUCUACAGCUCCAUGCAACAGCCGCAUAUGCCCAAAUUUGCCGAGGAUCCGCUCGAGAAAUGCCUGCAAGUGUCUGUUAUCGAUUGUCGCGAUCCUCUCGUGCCGCUGCAGGAGUUUUACAACGAAGCGCUCAGCGAGCACAUACAAAUGCAUCAGGAUUAUCUCUCGUACAAGACUCUGGCUAUGGAAAGUGAGCUCGGUUCCAGUCACACGAACUAUUUUUGCUUUAUGCUUUACGCCUUCAUCUUGACACCGGCGACCAAAGUGGAUGCAUUGUACUAUGACUGUAGAAUGCGGAUGUACAGCGAACGUUACUCCUCGCUCUACUCAAUACUCAACAACUUUGGCCAGGAUGGUCAGGAGGGUGCAAGACCCGAUCUUAAGCUCACCGUGCGACGCGAUCAACUCAUCAACGAUGCACUCAUUGGGCUGGAGCUUGUGGCCAUGAGUAAUCCGAAGGAUCUGAAGAAGCAGCUGGUCGUUGAGUUUGUCGGGGAGCAGGGCAUCGAUGAGGGCGGCGUAUCCAAAGAGUUCUUUCAGCUGAUUGUUGAGGAAAUAUUCAAUCCAGCCUUUGGCAUGUUUGUGCAGCAGGAGGAAACCAACAACAUGUGGUUCAAUGCAACGCCCUUUGAGAAUGGCGCACAAUUCACGCUGAUUGGCAUUAUUAUUGGUCUGGCCAUCUACAACAAUGUCAUCUUGGCCGUGAACUUUCCCAUGGUUGUCUACCGCAAGCUCAUGGGCUACCGAGGGACCUACUACGAUCUAAGCGAUUGGAGUCCAACGUUGUUUAAGAGCUUGCAGGAUAUGCUGGAUUAUCAGGGCAUGGAUAUGGAGGAGGUGUUUGAGCAGACGUUCAAGAUUAGCUAUAGCAAUGUGUUUGGCGAAAUGGUGGAGCAUGAGCUCGUGCCACAUGGCAGCGAAGUGUUGGUUGGGCAGCACAAUAAGCGGCACUUUGUGAAUUUGUAUGCCGAUUUCUUGCUCAAUGUGAAUAUCCAACAACAGUUUAAGGCGUUUUGCAAGGGCUUCGAAAUGGUCACCGAUGAGUCGCCACUAAAGCUACUCUUUCGUCCCGAGGAGAUCGAGAAGCUCGUCUGCGGCAGUCGCGAAUUUGACUUUGUUGAGUUGGAGCACUCGACGGAGUACGAGGGCGGCUACACGGAGGAAACGCAAAUUGUGCAGGACUUCUGGAGCAUUGUGCACGCCAUGCCGCACGAGUCGAAGCGGAAGUUGCUCGAGUUCACCACAGGAUCGGCUCGUGUUCCUGUGGGUGGCUUGAAGUGCCUGCGAUUGCUGAUCACACGUCAUGGCCCCGACAGCGAUCGAUUGCCAACGUCACACACUUGCUUCAACGUGUUGUUGUUGCCAGAAUACAGCAGCAAAAAGAAGCUGGAGGAGCGACUGCUUAAGGCGAUCAACUACUCCAAAGGCUUUGGCAUGCUGUAGUUGUCUCUCACACACACCCACACAAUAAUAUACACACACCACACACACACACAUACACAAAAGGACUGUCAAAGUUGUGUUGAUACACAUACCUCCAGCAUCGCAACUGAUACCACCUCCGAUAACUUACUGAUGAUGGAUAGAUUUGAUUUGAUAAGUUAAUAAGUUGAUGAGUUUUUAGUUUGUUUUUGAUUUUUGUCAUUUAUUUUUGAUACAAUUUGUUCAAAUCAGACAAUAUAUAUAUAUAGACAUAUAUAUUUAUGUGUACAUGCUCAAUGCGGCGCAAUUACAAGCUAAACAAAAACUCAAUUUCGAAAUCUGCUAACCAAUCUACUUAUAUACCAUAUAUAUAUGUUUAACUGUAUAUAUGCUGUUUAUUACGCCGCUCAGUUAAUUGUAUAUAUCAUACACACUAAUACGCAUAUGCAUACCCAAAAAAAAGAAGAAAAACACUCAUUUAAUUACAUAUGUAUUUUGUAGCACACAUAAAAUUUUGCUGAAUAAAUUUUAAGUUGUGCGCCAAUAACAAUCAUUUCUAUCGUUUGAUGCCAAUGACACUGGAUGUUUAACAACACUACCGUCUUUAAAUACAGAGUGACCAUUUCUGUUAUUUCGUACAAAAAUAAAAAAACUGCGUUAUCGGUCAUCGAUAACAAUAAAAUCGAAUCCAUUCCAGCUCUAAUACGCUUGGCACUCUGCUUCCAUAUUCAUUCAUGUUUUCUUCGUUGUUGUGUUCGGCUGCGCAGCGGAGAAACUGCAAAUUCGUGUCGUUUUAAACAAAAGUUCUGUUUGCCGGAAUAUGCAACAAUUAUCUUAACAUAGAACUGUUUUCAUUUGUGAAGUGCCAGUGCGAAAAAGAGCGAGAAAACCAUGCAGCAGCAACAUAAACAAAGCGCUUUGUUUUGGCGCUCACCAGCGAUGUUGUUAUUGUUUUUGGCGUCGCUCUUGUUAUUCUUGCAAGGAGCUCACACGAAAAGUGAGGCGGACGCUGAUGGUGUAGUGGCUGCCCCCGUUGUAGAUGCAUCAACAUCCAAUUUGAAUG